GUUUCCAGCGUCACGGGGAAUUACAGAACAGAAACCACAGGGACAUUCUCAUACGCCAUGAACAAAUGGCAUUCGAAACCGGAGAUGGGAACAGUUGCAUGCCCAAUGAUAGAGAGAUUAUAUAUUAUUUUGAUUGUGUACGUGUAUGUCUUCGGGUAACGAUCUUGAUGGGCGAAUGAUUCGAAUCUGUUGAAUUAUUAGGAACUAGAAGACUUGCACAAUUGAAAUUGAUCCACGGAAGAAACCGCCGUUCGAUUUUUGAUACGUCAGCGCUUCCUUCGUGGCGCUAAUCUCUGCGAGUGUUUUUGUCUCGACGUGAGAUCUGAUUGAAUUGGAAGGUGUAUCCAGAUUAUAAUAUUGGCAGGAAAAACUGACGGGUUAUGGUGCCAGUUUCUUGAACAUGAUUUCAAGAGCCACGAGAUUAUGAUUGCGUUGGCUUGGUGAAUUUGGAAGAAUAAAGAUUGUUUCUCGGGUAAGCGGAGAAUACUGUUGUCCAAAUACUCUGGGUCUGGGACCAUGGGCAAUGGAUGGCGAUUACUGGGAUUUUGGUCUUCUGAUGUUUAGCUUGUGGUGGCAUCAACAAUUACUCAUAAAAGAGGAUUUGUUUGUGUUUGUCAUCUUGUUACAAGAUGUGUUGGUGGGAUUGGUUGCGCUAGUGGCCAAAUGAGAAGUUAACAAUGAGUUGGAGAAAGAGAAUUUUUGAUAGAUGGAUGUCCCCGAAAAGUCAUUCUUUGAUGUAUUAGACUUACUGAAGUCAUGGAACCCAUGGCGUCCCGAACCGACUAAUGUGUCGAGAGAUUUUUGGAUGCCUGAUCAGAGCUGUAGGGUAUGUUACGAGUGUGACUCCCAGUUUACGUUACUUAAUCGCAGACACCAUUGUCGGCAUUGUGGGCGAGUUUUCUGUGCUAAGUGUACUUCAAACUGGGUUCCUGCACUAGGCUCGCCAAGGACUGGCCGGGAAGAGUGGGAGAAGAUUAGGGUCUGUAAUUUCUGUUUCAAGCAAUGGGAGCAGGGUUUAGCUACUAUUGAUAAUGGGGUCCAGGUUGCCAGCCUGGAUCUUAGUGCUUCGCCGUCAGUGGCAAGUCUUACUAGCAGCAAAUCUAGCUAUACCUUUGACAGUAAUGCCAUUACAUUUGCAUCAAUGCCACACUCAGUUGAGUCUUACCAACAAAAUCACCCUUCUGCUCUCAGCCCUCAUCGAUCAGCAGAAAUUGAGAGAAAUAUAAAUGGGGAAGGUUUAGGAGCACCAGGAAAGAGCAAUGAUCAUGGUGCAGGCACGGGAAAUCCAUCUCCAGAUCACUUUGGUUUUUGCACGAACAGGAGUGAUGAUGACAAUGAUGAAUUUGGAGUUUUCCACUUGGAUUCCGAGAAAAGGCAUUUUCCUCAGGAUAGUUACUAUGCUCAAGUUGAAGAUGAUGAGAUGGACUACAUCUAUAGAAUGCAAAACGUGCAAACACACCCUGAUGAAGAAACUGUUGAUACAAAAAGUGUAAGCAGCCCUUCAUUACACAAUAGCUUUGAUUCACGGGGUUCAGAAGGAACCAAAAAGCCCGUCGAAAAAGGUGAAGAAGGGGAUAUUGGUGAUGAGUGUGAAGCAACUUGCUCUUUAUAUGCUGCAGCAGAUGUUGAUGCUGAACCUGUGGAUUUUGAGAACAAUGGUCUUCUCUGGCUCCCCCCUGAACCCGAAGAUGAAGAUGAUGAAAGGGAAGCUCUUUUAUAUGAUGAUGAUGAUGAUGAUUAUUAUGGAGAUGCUACUGGAGAAUGGGGAUAUCUUCGUGCUUCAAGCAGUUUUGGAAGUGGAGAGUAUAGAAACAGGGAUAGGUCUAACGAGGAGCACAGUAAAGCUAUGAAGAAUGUGGUUAAUGGGCAUUUUAAGGCUUUGAUAGCUCAGCUAUUGCAGGUUGAAAACUUUCCUUUGGGUGAGGAAGAUGACAAAGACAGUUGGUUAGAGAUAAUUACAUCUUUGUCAUGGGAGGCUGCUACAAUAUUGAAACCGGAUAUGAGCAAAGGUGGGGGGAUGGAUCCAGGAGGAUACGUGAAGGUAAAAUGCCUAGCUUCAGGCCGUCGCUGUGAAAGCAUGGUGAUCAAAGGAGUAGUUUGUAAGAAAAAUGUGGCACAUCGGAGGAUGCCAUCAAGAAUAGAGAAACCUCGCUUGAUGAUCCUUGGAGGGGCUCUUGAAUACCAGCGGGUUUCAAACCAUUUGUCAAGUUUUGAUACUCUGUUACAGCAGGAAAUGGAUCAUUUAAAGAUGGCUGUUGCGAAGAUUGAUGCCCACCAGCCUGAUGUUCUUUUGGUAGAGAAAUCAGUUUCUCGAUUUGCACAGGAAUACCUUCUCGCAAAAAACAUUUCACUUGUUCUCAAUAUCAAGGAGCCGCUUUUGGAGCGCAUAUCCCGUUGUACAGGUGCUCAGAAAGUCCCUUCAAUUGAUCAUCUUUCGUCGAAGAAGUUAGGAUACUGUGACAUGUUCCACGUGGAAAGGUUUCUAGAAGAGCAUGGCACUGCUGGGCAGGGUGGAAAGAAGUUGGUAAAGACAUUGAUGUAUUUUGAAGGGUGCCCUAAGCCACUGGGCUGUACUAUUUUACUCAGAGGUGCCAAUGGGGAUGAGUUAAAGAAAGUGAAGCAUGUGAUUCAUUAUGCAGUUUUUGCAGCUUAUCACUUAGCUCUCGAAACGUCUUUUCUUGCUGAUGAAGGAGCCUCUCUGCCUGAACUACCAUUGAACUCACCGAUAACGGUAGCACUUCCAGAUAAACCAUCUAGUAUUGACAGCUCCACAUCAAAGGUAGUUUACAAAGUGAAUGGGAAAACACAGGGAUCUGAACCUAGUACUGAUCCACAAAGGUCCAAUAGCUUCCCCACUGUUGAUCUGGUCUCCUCAUCCUUCAAUGAUAUUGAAAAAAUAGAUAGAGCAGUUUUGCCUCAUUCACCAGAUACCCCCAGCUUCCAAAAUACUGAACCAAUUCCAAGCUUUGCCAACUCUACUGCUUCUGUCCCCUCUGUUGCCUUUUCAGGGCAAGAUAUUGCAGAUUAUUGCCAUGGUAAGUGGCCUUCUAAUCAUGCAUUUCAGGAGAACUGUAUGGUGGAUGCUGCAGAGUCUUCAGCUGCAGCAACUUCUAUAUUUAGCAGCGAUCAAGAUGUUUCUGGUGGCCAACUCAUUGCGAAUGACCUUGAACAUCUUGAGGCAACAGUACAAGGUCUUCCUUCUGACAAUGCGAGAGAUAUUUCCACUGGAGUGAAUACAAAUGACCUACCUCGUUUGGCGGUAUGUGACAUGCCAUCAGAAGAGUUUCCUGAAGAUUUUCCUCCUUCACCUUCUGACCAUCAAGGCAUUUUGGUUUCUUUAUCAUCUCGGUGUGUGUGGAAGGGUACUGUCUGUGAAAAUCCCCAUCUCUUUCGCAUAAAAUAUUAUGGCAAACUUGAUAAACCUUUGGGACGCUAUCUACGAGACCAUCUAUUUGAUCAGAGUUACCGAUGCCAAUCAUGUGACAUGCCGGCAGAAGCCCACGUUCAUUGUUAUACUCAUCGACAAGGUACCCUUACAAUUUCUGUAAGGAUGUUGCCAGAAAUUCUCUUACCAGGUGAAAGGGAAGGAAAGAUCUGGAUGUGGCACAGGUGCCUGAGGUGUCCAAGGACAAAUGGUUUCCCACCAGCAACCCGAAGAAUUGUGAUGUCUGAUGCUGCUUGGGGAUUGUCCUUCGGGAAGUUUUUGGAGAUCAGUUUCUCAGACCAUGCUGCUGCAAGCAGAGUGGCAAGUUGUGGCCAUUCUCUACACAGAGAUUGUCUUCGUUUCUAUGGGUAUGGGAAAAUGGUUGCUUGCUUCCGUUAUGCAUCUAUCGAUGUUCACUCAGUCUACCUUCCACCACACGAGCUUGAUUUCAACUAUGAGAAUCAGGACUGGAUACAGAAAGAAAUGAAUGAGGUAGUCAAUGGUGCAGAGCUGUUAUUUGCUGAAGUGCUGAAUGCUCUUAGUCAGAUGGCAGAGAAAAGAUCUGGCCCAGAACCAUGUAGCAUUGGCAUGAAAACAUCAGAAUCAAGACACCAAGUUGCUGAACUGAAGUUCAUGCUACAAAAGGAGAAGGCAGAAUUCGAGGAAUCACUGCAGAAAAUUUUGAAGAGGGAGGUUAAAAAGGGUCAACCUGUCAUUGAUAUUCUUGAGAUUAAUCGAUUGCGAAGACAGUUGCUCUUCCAAUCUUAUAUGUGGGACCACCGGCUGGUAUAUGCAGCCAGUUCAGUUAGCCAGGGCCUUCAGGAUGAUUUUAGUGAACCCAAUUUAGAAUAUAUGGAGGAACGACUUUCUGCUAAUGGCAACGUUACAAAUAUGAAUAUGCCUGUUAAACCAGAUAAAGGCCUAAGUGGUUCUGACUUGGUACCUAUGGAUGUUGAAGUUAAUGUAUCCCCUGAUCAUGAAGGAGUAAUUGGUUAUGAUGCUAGCCAGCAUAAGGUAAUUUGUCGAGGAAUUGAUGUGCAAAUAGAUUCGAAUCAUGAAAAGGAAAUCCAAUCUAAUCAUUCUGCUGGUACUAACAUCUGUGUUGAACCUGAUGAAGUGGAAAGCAACAUAGUUGUCCACACGACUCCAUCAGACACACAAUACUCUGAAAUAGCAAGUCUAUCAGAUUCCUAUGAUGCAGCAUGGACUGGUAAAAACCAUCCAGGAUUUCGAGGACCAAAGGCUGAUUCUUGUUCAGUUCCUGAAUCAGCUAUAGCAGAGUCUUCAGCAGAAACAGCAGUGAUUGAAAAGCUAGAAUUUGGAAAUACUGGCGAUGAUCAAACCAUGCCAAAAAUAUCCAGUGCAUCUCCUGUGCUGUCUACCAAAGGCUCUGAUUACUUAGAAGAAUCUAUAAGUUGGUUGAGAAUGCCCUUUAUAAAUUUCUAUCGUUCAUUUAACAAAAACUUUUUAUGUAGUGCUCAAAAGCUUGAUACACUUGGUGAGUAUAAUCCUGUGUAUGUUUCAUCAUUCCGUGAAAUGGAACUUCAAGGUGGGGCAGGGUUGCUUUUGCCUGUAGGUGUCAAUGACACUGUUGUGCCAGUUUAUGAUGAUGAGCCCACAAGCAUUAUAUCUUAUGCACUGGUUUCACCUGAUUAUCUUGAUCAACUGUCUGAUGAGUGCCCAAAAGACAGUGGUGAAUCUACAGUUACAUUGCAAUCUGUUGAUUCAGUGAAUUUUCUAUCAUUUCAUUCUUUUGAUGAAAUGGCUUCAGAAUCUUACCGAAGUCUGGGUUCUAUGGAUGACAGCAUCUUAUCCAUGUCUGGCUCACGUAAUUCCUUGGUUUCAGACCCAGUCUCAUCCACAAAGGCUUUGCAUGCUAGAGUCUCGUUUGCUGAUGAACGGCAUCUUGGUAAGGUAAAAUAUAACGUGACAUGUUACUACGCAAAGCAGUUUGAAGCCUUAAGGAGGAUUUGUUGCCCAUCUGAAAUGGACUUUGUGAGAUCCAUUAGUCGUUGCAAGAAGUGGGGAGCUCAAGGUGGAAAGAGCAAUGUCUUCUUUGCAAAAACUUUGGAUGACCGUUUUAUUAUUAAACAGGUUACAAAGACAGAGCUUGAGUCAUUUAUAAAGUUUGCCCCCCAAUAUUUUAGGUAUCUAUCUCAUUCUAUUGGCACAGGAAGUCCAACAUGCCUAGCGAAGAUUCUUGGGAUGUAUCAGAUUACCUCAAAGCAUCUGAAAGGAGGGAAGGAAUCCAAAAUGGAUGUUCUGGUAAUGGAGAAUCUUCUAUUUGGAAGAUAUGUGACGCGGCUUUAUGAUCUCAAAGGAUCUUCCCGAUCACGAUAUAACCCAGAUUCUAGUGGAAGUAAUAAAGUUCUCCUGGAUCAGAACUUGAUUGAAGCAAUGCCAACUUGUCCAAUAUUUGUUGGAACUAAGGCAAAGCGUUCAUUGGAAAGAGCUGUAUGGAAUGAUACUUCUUUUCUUGCGUCAGUUGAUGUAAUGGAUUAUUCUUUACUGGUUGGGGUGGAUGAGGAGAAGCAUCAGCUAGUUAUUGGGAUAAUUGAUUUUAUGAGACAAUAUACUUGGGACAAGCACCUAGAAACUUGGGUGAAAGCAUCAGGCAUCCUUGGUGGGCCAAAAAAUACAUCCCCCACAAUAAUUUCCCCCAAGCAAUAUAAGAGAAGGUUCAGAAAAGCCAUGACAACAUAUUUUUUGAUGGUCCCGGAUCAGUGGUGUCGUCCAUCUCUCACUCCAAGCAAGUCCCAGACAGAACUCUGUGAAGAGAACAUUCAAGGUGGCACUUCAGUCGAGUGAUAAUGUAAAUCAGUGUACCUGUAUAUUUUCAAAUGUAAGUUUGGGGAUUAUUCCUCCUACAUCAGUUUCCCUCAUUCAUUCUUUUUUUUAUUUUAUUUUCUUACAAUUCUUUCUGUAGCAGUCACAUUGAUGUUAAAUCUUCUAAAGAUGCCGAACGAGGCUAUUGAAGGCUGAAGCCAUUAAUAUCUUUGGGGGCUAUAUAAUAUUACAUAACCUCUCAAAGAAAAUUUUUUUACACUAUCAUUCUUGUAUUUAUCAGUUAAUAUAUAUAUAUAUAUUAUAUAUACACACACAUGAAAUACAAAGGUGCAAAU